AUGGCCGUCGACUUGGAGCAGGCGGCCUACCAUGCCAUUCCCGCCGACCCGCGCGACGACGAGGCGCCGCCAGUCCUGGGCAACGCGCCGGCGGCGAGGUCCAGCCACAUGGACGGACCCACCUUUCUAAUCUUGGUGCUACUUUCGGUUGGAGUGACAGCGCUCAUGUUGGGCCCCAUGUACUACAUGGAGGGCGCCAACGUGGCGUCUUUCUCCGUCGGCCUCGCCGGCUACGAGGGCAUCGACCCGGCCAGGCCCAGCCGCGUGGUCUCGCCGGCGUUCAAUCUCACGCUGCGCAUGAACAAGACGUGCGCCGACCGCGCUGAGGUGUUCCUGACCUACUCCGGCGUCGCGCUCGGCUGGGCGCGCGUGGAGCCGCGCGGCUGCGUCUCCCGGGAGCCCUGGGGAAGGGGCGUGAAGGUGGUGGCCAGGGCCGACGGCGUGGGGCUCUCGGGGCCUCUCCGGGAGCGCAUGGCGUCGGAGUGGCGCCGCUCGGGGCGGGUGGAGCUCGACGUCGACGUGGCGGUAUACAGAGACGCCGGAGAACGCCUGCGGUGGGGCUACUUCGGCGACAACACCCGCGACAAGGUGAUGCGCUGCAAGGUGACGGCGGAUGAUGGACCAACGUCGGAGUCGCUACCUUGCCCAUGGUAUUCUGUACGGCCUCACAGUUAUGAUAUGUUCAGCGACGACUCGUAG